GGUGGUGUCGGGGAAAAGCGCGAGCUUGGGUAGGAGGUUUCAGAACCGACACGAAGUGUGAGGAUGGCGGUUAGGGACCGUGAGGAAGAGAUCAGUGAUUGAGUGGCCACUCAGUUCUAUGAUUGUACUGAUGCUAAUUUCAAUGUCCUUGUCGAGAACUGAAGAAAUUUACCACCAACAGCUCCAGUCCUGAAAACUGAAAUUAGGCUAAUCUGAUUGAUUGUCCACUAACCAUGACUGUCAGAUUGCUCAGAAUCUUGGAACUAUCUGCACAUUUAAUGAAAAGAACUUCCUGUUUGCGAUCCUGUCUGGGAACUGUUCCGCUCCUUGGGAUUAGGCCCUAUAGCAAUUUUCAAAGAAAUGCUCUGUGCUGCCCAUGGAAAGGCCAAGAUGGAAGAUCACCAGACUAUAGGCUGGUACCAGGCUCUCUCAACCCAAAAGGGACAGCUUUUGUGCAAAUGCUGCAUUGGCAAUCUCUAAAUUGUGUACAAUGUGCAAACAUAAGGAAACUGUUUUAUUCUACUGUGACAAGCAGCAAUAAAAUGAUUCCCAAACAGAAAGUACUGUCACCCAAAAGACCCCUUAAAGGCCCUCGGACCAAACAGCCAUCAAGGACCAACCAGCCAGCUCUUGCAGAUGUGGAGGAUCUGAUGAAAUGUACAGCCUUUGCAACAGCUGAUGAGUAUCACCUAGAAAACCUUUGCCAUGAUUUGAUGUCAAGUGGAUAUCAUGAAAUAACAGACCUACCCAGAGAUGCCUCAAAUGUCCUGGUAAUUGGAACUGACAUGUUGGCCAAGCCAAAUGACUAUGGAUUAAUUUUUUUAUUCAGGGAGGGCUCUGUUGUCUUUUGGAAUGUGGAAGAUAAAGCAGUGAAACGUGUAAUGCAAAUCUUGGAGCCACAUGAGAUCCAGCCUUAUGAAAUCGCUUUGGUUCAUUGGGAAAAUGAGGAAAUUAAUUACCGGAUUGCAGAAGGGCAUUCAAAGCUGCAUGGAGGACAGAUUUUGUUGAACUCUGAUCUGGAACUAGAUGAAUCUAUUUUGGAGAAGUUUGCAUUUUCAAAUGCACUUUCCCUGUCAGUAAAACUUGCCAUCUGGGAAGUGUCAUUGGAUAACUUUGUUGAGUCCAUUCAAUUCAUUCCUGAGAUGCUAAAAUCAGGAAAACAAGUGAAACUUACACGUUCUGAAGUCAUGCAGAAAAUUGGUGAACUGUUUGCCUUGAGACAUCGUAUAAAUUUGAGUUCCGAUCUCCUGAUGACCCCUGAUUUUUACUGGGACAGAGAAAACCUGGAACAGCUCUAUGAUAAAACUUGUCAAUUUCUGAAUAUUAACCGACGUGUGAAGGUGAUUAAUGAAAAGCUACAGCAUUGUACCGAACUAACAGACUUGAUGAGAAACCAUCUAAGUGAGAAACAUGGACUGCGCCUUGAGUGGAUGAUUGUGAUCCUCAUUUCUAUUGAAGUCUUGUUUGAACUUGCACGUGUUAUUUUUUAAGUCAGUUUGGAAGACAGCAAUCAAAAAUCUUUUCUUCAGGUGGGGCAUAUAGAAUAUCCUCCAGAAGGCCUUAGUGCCACCCGAUUGCCAGAUCAUUGUGGAAUGUCUGCAUUUUUCUCAAUUCCGUUUCCAAUCUAUUCUACUCAUUCAGAAUAUCACAUUGCACCCAUUAGUCGUUUUACCCCUCAAUUAGUGUUGUACGUAAUUUCUGAAACAGAUAUGUAUAAUGGAAAAUAAGCAGAACUAUUUUAUUUGUUAGUUUAGUUCAAUCAUGCAUUAGCUAAGACUGAAUAAAUUCGAAUUUGUAGCAAUGUUUUUUGACAGAAAAUGUUUAAGAUUGGUAUGUCACGCAGCAAGGACACUAUGAUACCUGUGGAAGCAGGGUAAAAUAUUCUUGUGCAUCUUUUGGGGGAGAGGGGAACAACGUAUAGGCUAUUAUUUUAGAAAUCUGGAACCUAAGGAUUCACGAAGCUUCCUUCGGCAAUACUUCCCAAACCCACAGCUACUACCUUUGAAAAGGAUAAGGUUAGCAAACAUGUGGAAUGUAAUUAAGCAAACAACAAAACAUUACCAUACGAGUUAAAACAGUAAUACACUGUACAAUACAUGAACAGCUUAUUUCUAACAACCAGAAGUAAAAUGUGGUCACCACAGGUAAUACACUGUGAUCAAAUACCCCACAAUCAAGAUAGCUACACAGAUUUAUCUGCAACUCCCUCCAGACGUUCAUGACACUGGUCAUCAAAUCUUGUUAAACUUUACAUGUUCUUUUAGCCAUUUGGUCUUGAAACUACCCCUCCACAGCCAUUUCAUCACUGACUGCCUGAACAACUACUGCUGCUCUGGUCAAUCAGCCUCCUUUCCUAACUAGAUGCUUCCUUGGACUCUGAAAACUGUCCUCUCUAAGAGAUACGAGUUACCUUUCACCAACAGCUAGUUUCUUCAAGGAAGAUCAGUCCACAGGUUCUUCCUGAGCUCUAAUCAUGCUCUGUGGUGUGAAGCAAAUACCUCUUAAGGGCUUUUCAAUUCUGACUCUCAGCUGUGCUGAUUGUUAGUGGCAUCUGGCAUCUUGUAAGCCAUCAUGACUUCCAGGAUUUUUUUCUAAUCCCUGACUGCAAUGCCUAGCUGCCUAAUAACUCGUAGACUUGGUCUGAGUUUUAACAGCACAGAGUAUCCAACUUAAUUACAUAACUGUGGUUUCGUUGUACUCCAGAGAAGGUAGCUAAUAAUCAGCACUUACAACAUGGAGUUUGUUAUCUGUCUGUCUUUUGAACCACUCUUCAAUGACCCCUGAACUGUCCUGAAUGACAUAUUGUAAACCCUGCAUAAGCCUCUCCUGUGUUGGGCAGAGUUAAAUGCUAUCACCUAGAAACUUUGCAAACUGACUGUUCCAUGAAAUGUUACCAGUUAUAGAUUGUUGGCUUUCCCUGUACAGUAAUAAAAUGGAAAUAAUUAGAAGAUUUCAUUACAACAUGAUUAACAUGAUAAAAUUCUUAGGCAAGUUCUGAAUCAACUUGACUUGUUUAUCACAGCAGAGAGAAUAUGUUUUUAUAAA